GAGAGAGAGAGAGAGAGAGAGAGAGGAGUACUGCAAUCCAACUUUGUGCGUCAGCCUCGGAUGGAGACAAUUCCUUGGGGGAAAACACGAACUUAGUGAGCACAUUUCUUUUUUUCUCUCCAGACUUCAGUCUUUUUAAACAUUUCCUCCACUUUUCCCACACUGAGCUCUCCUUUAUACAGCAUGAAGUGCAGCCAUGGCUCGGAGUAGCAAGUCAGCCGCGCGGACCCUGGAGGAUUUGACGCUCGAUUCGGGUUAUGGUGGAGCCGCGGACUCCUUCAGAUCUUCCAGCGCGUCGCUGUGCUGCUCAGAGGCACAUGGGGGGACCUACUGGCAUCUAACCGACUCCAUGCACAGCCGCCACAACAGUCUGGACACGGUUAACACGGUGUUGGUCGAAGACGCCGAGAUCCUGGAGUGCAGCGGGCAGUGCGCGAAACUACCCGAGCUUGAGGACGUGCCGUGGAGCCUCGGGGAAGUGGCGAGCGCGCUGAGCAGGGACGAGGAGAUGAGCCUGCCGACCCCGCCGCAGGACGUCCUGCUCCGGCUCUCGGUGCUGGUCAGCCGCGUCCUGGUCCGGGUCGCCAAGGAGGCGCAGCGCCUGAGUUUGCGCUACGCCAAAUGCACCAGGAACGAGAUCCAAAGUGCCACGAAGAUCGUCCUGUCGUGGACGGUGUCGCUGCGCUGCGUCGGCGCGGCGGUCAGUGCCUUGUCCCUGUACAACAUGAGCACCGAGGAGGACAAGUUCAGCCGCGGCAAGUCGGCGCGCUGCGGGCUCGUCUUCAACGUGGGGAAGUUCUUCAGGUGGAUGGUGGACAGCAGGGUGGCCGUCCGGAUCCACGAGCACGCGGCCAUCUACCUGGCCGCGUGCAUGGAGAGCCUCUUCCGCGAGGUGUACGCGCGGGUGCUGCGUAGCGCGCUGCUGGAGCCCGACAACGGUAUCCCCAAGUUCACGGUGGAGACCUUGGAGCAGGCGGUCAGCGGGGACGCAGAGAUAUGGGGGUCUCUGCAGCCCUGGCAGCACCUGAUCUGUGGCAAGAAUGCAAGCG